CAGCCCGCCGGACAUGGAAGACGCAUCAACCAAGAUGCCUGAGCAGCCGGCGGUGAAGCUCAUCGGCUGGCUCAGCCCGUACGUCCACCGCGCCGAGGUGGCCCUGCGGCUCAAGGGUGUCCCCUACGAGCUCAUCCAGGACGACAUGGCCAACAAGAGCGACCUCCUGCUCACCCACAACCCCGUCCACAAGAAGGUCCCCGUGCUCCUCCACGGCGACCGCUCCAUCCCGGAGUCGCUCAUCAUCGUCGAAUACGUCGACGAGGCUUUCGCCGGCGCGCCGCUCCUCCCAGCCGACCCCCUCGCCCGUGCCGCCGCCCGCUUCUGGGCUCGCUUCGUCGACGACAAGCUGUGGAAGGCCUUGUGGGUGGCGCUGUGGACCGAGCCGGGCCAGGCGCAGGUGGCUCUGGCGGCGUCGGCGAGGGAGAGCCUGACGCUGCUGGAGGCGCAGCUGCCGGAGGGGAGAAGGUUCUUCGGGGGCGACGCCAUCGGGUUCCUCGACAUCGCCGCCAGCGGGGUGGCGCUGUGGCUGCCUGUGUUCGAGGAGAUGGCCGGGGUGACCCUGCUCGCCGACGAGACGCACCUGGCGCUGUGCCGGUGGGCGAGGGAAUACGCGGCGGAGGGGACCGUGCGGCGGUGCACGCCGGACAGGACAAUGAUGCUUGCCUUCUUGACGCCGAAGCGGGGCAUGUUCGUGUCCACGGCCAAGGCCAUGGCCGCAUAUAUGUAA